AUGACCAUUCCAAUGCUCCAUAUGUCUCAGUCUUUGGAAGCUGACUCCAAGUAUAUGUCUGCUCAUAAGCCAAUGGCAAUUUCUUCCAUUACAUCUCCACCUUUUCCAAAUAUCUCGUUACCUCGGGCCAAGCACUCUGCAUUUCGGCCCACUCAUUCUUUGCUAGAUAGGUCUCCACCGCCACUUUUGAGUGCCUCCUCUCCUGAAAGCAUGUCUUCUUCCGUGUGCUCUUCGCCCCCGCUGUCAUUGCAAGAGAGACGACAAAGGAAUAAAGCUGCAUCUGCUAAAUACCGACAGAAGAAAAAUCAGCAGCAUGGAGACAUGAGAAAUAUUAUAUCGCAUCUCACAGAAGAGAAUGCAUUGCUUAAUAGAAAAGUCGACGAACUUCGACGAGACAACGAAAUGAUGCGAGCUACGUGUGAUCAAUUGAGAGGAAGAAUUGUAGCUAGUAAAAUGCUCAAGCGGAUGAUGAAGACAGAAGGUGCCGAUACUUCACGAACAAAAAGGCGAAGAGUGAGUGGUCAUGGAGCGCAAGAUCAUUCUAGCCAUGAUGGCCAAAGCGAAGAAAACGAUGACGAUCUCUAA